AUGUGGAUCAGCAGAGACGACAUGCCACUGAAAAGAGAAGAUACAGAGCGCGCUCUGCAGGUGAUGGAGGCCUGUCAGGCCGGAGCUGCUGAAGGGGUCAAAGGUCGCGCAGAGAAACUGCUCAACAUCUUCCAGAGUGACUUGUUCCAGGCUCUGCUGGACAUCCAGGAGUUCUACGAGCUGACGGUGUGUGAGAACCAGACGACAACAAGUCGACCACACACACCUGGGCAGAAGUAUCGCUACCAAGACGAUGAGACUCCGCCUGUCGACCCCAGCCCCGGUCACAUGACCCACGGACGCAGCACCGAGCUGAGCCACGCGCACCUGGACGGAUACACACACCCUGCCGCACUCACCAUGAACGGAUCAGAAGGAGAGCUGGAGUACGAAGAGAUCACACUGGAGAGGGGUAACUCUGGUCUGGGCUUCAGUAUCGCAGGAGGAACUGAUAAUCCUCACAUCGGAGACGACCCCUCAAUCUUUAUUACAAAGAUCAUCCCUGGAGGAGCCGCCGCCCAGGAUGGACGCCUCAGGGUGAACGACAGCAUUGUAUUCGUUAACGACGUGGACGUGCGUGAGGUCACUCACUCCAUCGCCGUGGAGGCGCUGAAGGAGGCGGGGCCUGUUGUCAGGCUGUAUGUCCUGCGGCGACGCCCACCGAGCGAACGCAUCACGCAGAUCAAGCUGAUGAAAGGACCGAAAGGUCUGGGCUUCAGUAUAGCAGGCGGUGUGGGGAACCAACAUGUCCCUGGAGACAACAGCAUUUACGUCACCAAGAUCAUCGAGGGCGGGGCGGCACACCGCGAUGGACGGCUACAGAUCGGGGACAAAAUACUGGCUGUGAACCACAUGUCUCUGGAGGACGUCCUGCAUGAAGACGCUGUGUCGGCCCUGAAGAACACAGGGGAGGUGGUCUACCUGAAGGUAGCAACACCCACCUCGCAGUACAUCCACCCUGCUGAUCGAUACAGCCCCCCUGACCUGACCAGCUCCUACAUGGAGCCUGACUACAUGUGUGAUUACCCACAAGCCCUCCCUCCUCCGUCACCACGACGAUACUCACCUAUCCCCCGUGGCAUGAUGGGAGAGGACGACUACUCCCGGGAGCCUCGCAGAGUCUGUGUGCAGCGUGGGUCUACCGGUCUGGGCUUCAACAUCGUCGGCGGAGAGGACGGAGAGGGAAUCUUCAUCUCCUUCAUCCUCGCAGGAGGACCAGCAGACCUGAGCGGAGAGCUCCGGAAGGGAGACCAGAUCCUCAGUGUGAACGGCGUGGACCUCAGGUAUGCGACACAUGAACAGGCAGCAGCAGCUCUGAAGAACGCCGGACAGACUGUUACCAUAGUAGCACAGUACAGACCUGAGGAGUACAGUCGUUUUGAAGCGAAGAUCCACGACCUGAGGGAGCAGAUGAUGAACAGCUCGUCCGGGAGUUUGAGAGCCAACCGCAGCUUCUACGUCAGGGCGUUGUUUGACUAUGAUAAGCAGUGGGACUGUGGCGUCCUAUCACAAGCUCUGGACUUCAACUUUGGGGAGGUUCUUCAUGUGACGGACAGCGCUGAUGACGAGUGGUGGCAGGCCAGACGGGUGAACCAGCAGGGGGAGCUGGAGGAGCUGGGAUACAUCCCGUCCAAACACAGAGUGGAGAGGAAGGAGUGGUCGCGGAUGAAGAGUAAAGGCAGAGAAGGUUUCGUUCACAGCUACGAGCUCAUCACUCAGAUUGAAGUGGACUACGCUCGUCCUGUCAUCAUCCUGGGGCCGACCAAAGACCGAGUCAAUGACGACCUGCUGUCCGAGUUCCCAGACAAGUUCGGCUCCUGUGUCCCUCAUACGACUCGCCCUCGGAGGGACUACGAGGUCGACGGGCGGGACUACCACUUUGUGUCGUCGCGGGAACAGAUGGAGCGGGACAUCCAAUCACAUCGCUUCAUUGAGGCGGGACAGUAUAACAACCACCUGUACGGGACGUCGGUGCAGAGCGUCCGACAGGUGGCCGAGCAGGGGAAGCACUGCAUCCUGGACGUGUCGGCCAACGCGGUGAGGAGGCUUCAGGCGGCUCAGCUCCAUCCCAUCGCCAUCUUCAUCCGACCGCGAUCCCUGGAGAACAUCCUGUAA